GUUUUGAUCUGGUGUCCGCGCGCUCACACUGCACACAGCCCUCUCCUGUCCUCGAGCUGUGUGUGCUCUACGCUUCACCCUGACACAGCGGCGGCGGUGUUAACUCUCCGGCUCCAGCGGCAGCCACACGACCGAGAUCCGGGAGCUGCUCCACACCGCGAACGAAGAACCGGAAAAAAAAGUCUCCUGACGAGGGCGGAAAGCAGAGCAGAGCAGCGCGGCUGCCGGUGCCGCAGCAGAAAAGGAUAUUUCAGGUGCUACCUGUACUUUCUCCCCCGGCAUCACAACGGAACACAGCCGCGUAACGUGAACGUUACACUCGAUAAGGAAGCUAAGGUUCCAAACUAUUAGUGCCAACGUUCCAAACUAUCAUUUUAACGUUCUAAACGAUUAGUGCCAACGUUCCAAACUAUCAUUUUAACGUUCUAAACGAUUAGUGCCAACGUUCCAAACUAUCAUUCUAACGUUCUAAACGAUUAGUGCCAACGUUCCAAACUAUCAUUCUAACGUUCUAAACCGUCGCUGUUAACGCUCCAGUUGGACGUCUGCUUUCUUUCAAAAGAAGAUGGCGUCGAGCGAGUCCCGGCUCCAGCAGCAGCCGUCCCCGAAAGACGCGGCCGACCAGAACUUUGACUACAUGUUCAAGCUGCUGAUCAUCGGCAACAGCAGCGUGGGGAAGACCUCCUUCCUGUUCCGCUACGCAGACGACUCCUUCACCUCCGCCUUCGUCAGCACCGUGGGCAUCGACUUCAAGGUGAAGACAGUCUUCCGCAACGACAAGAGGAUCAAGCUGCAGAUCUGGGAUACAGCAGGGCAGGAGCGCUACCGUACCAUCACCACAGCGUACUACCGAGGAGCCAUGGGCUUCCUGCUCAUGUAUGACAUCACUAACCAGGAAUCCUUCAGCGCAGUUCAGGACUGGGCGACUCAGAUCAAGACGUACUCGUGGGACAACGCUCAGGUGAUCCUGGUCGGGAACAAGUGUGACCUGGAGGACGAUCGGGUCGUCCCCACGGAGGACAGCCAGAGGCUGGCAGAGGAGCUAGGUUUCCAGUUCUUCGAGGCCAGCGCCAUGGACAACAUCAACGUGAAGCAGGUGUUUGAGCGUCUGGUAGACGUCAUCUGUGAGAAGAUGAACGAGACCAUGGAGGGAGACCUGAACCUCGUCACCAACCACAGGAACCAGACCCUCAAAGACUCGCCUGCAGACAGCCACGGGGGCUGUGCUUGCUGAACCAUGUUCCUCACACACACACACACACACACACACACACACACACACACACACACA